AUGCGGGGCGAGGGCCAGCGCUUGUCGAAGCACCUGACGGCGGCGUUCGCGGAGAUCGACCGGCUGCGGGAAAUCUAUAGGGAUGCCAUCGACAAGCUGGAGACGAACACGCUGGCGAAUCUGUCGCCGCAGUCGGCUGCCAAGUGGUUCGAGAUGUAUCUCCGUAUCGUGGAUCUAGGCGUGCAGAUCCGCCGUGGGGAGAUCCGACACCGAACGACGCAGAGGUUCAAGCAUCCGUGCAUGCACAAGACGGGCACCAAAGGCGCAGUGCACUCGGCAGGGCUGAGCAUUGACGACUGCAACUCGAUAUUGCAGUUGAUGACAGAGCGCAGCCUGGUGAAGGAGAGCCGUGUGGAUAGGUGGUGCACCCAAAUCGACGGGUUGGAUCGCGAUACAAUUGGCGAUCUCGACAAGAAGCUAACAAGCUGCCUUCGGACUUUUAUCAACCGAAGGAGCAGAUUCUACAACCGACUUGAGGUCAAUGGGGUAGAUCCGCACCAGGAGAUGCUCGUAUUGGGAGGCCCAGGCGCUGCCGCUCCGAUUUUGUGGAAAGUCAAACGGACGUGUUUCGGUCCGAAAGAAUGCCCAUGUGGGGAAGAUGCAACGCCUUGGGAAAGCUUUUCUCUCGAGGCGGGGGAUCCUAACGCACAGAAUGCGUCUGUGGGUCGUGUCACGGAAUCUGUUCAAGCCGAUGACGUGGGUAUUACGGCUAUCAAGCGCCACAUGGGCUUCCAAGAACUAUCGAGGGAGGAGGAGAACAAUGACGCAGCGGCGCUUGCGCGCGACGCGGCUGAACUAGCUCGCCGGCGAAAUCCUCGAAUUCAUAAUAACUAUGUUGCAAGUGUUUUACGCGUGCCACCGUCUGCAAAAAGUAUCUACCUGAAGAAGUGCGGUGAGAACGGGUCAAAACCGAAUCCACAAAUCAAUGCCGUACUGGUGGUGAAAAAUGGAGCACACCUGCUUGAUCUCAGUAGUGUCGGUUUUCACUCGGCGGAUGAUCUCCAGGACUUGGUGGACGUCUUCUCGACGCCAGGACUACCUCCGGUGAAAGAGCUUGAUAUCUCGAAUGGUUUCUUCAAUGUUACAGCGUUCAAGGUACUGUGCCAAUUGCUGCGUGUACCGCAGCUGCGUGGAGGCGUCGAACGACUCGGUCUUCGUGGGAUUGCAGUCCCCCAGCGAGCCGACUUUUCUACCAUCAUGAGGCGUUUGAUUGGCGAGAGUAACCCUGUGGCGGGAUCCCUAUCAGCUCUUGGCAGCUUAAAGGCGCUGGAUCUCUCGUUUAACACUCUGCAGUAUGAAGACGCAGCUCUGCUGAAGCCCCUUCUGGCUAGCCUUCCACGUCUCGAAAGCCUCUCUUUGGAGUCCUGCUUUCCAGAACCAGUGCCAACGUCGAUCCCGUCAUCCUUGUCUGGAGACCAAAAUACGAUCGAGGAGAAUAUCCGUGCUGCCCUCGCGGAUGGUAGCAAUCGACUGGAGAGCAUCAACUUCGGCUCCAACUAUGUCGCCAUUGAGUCGCGCUGGCUGGAUAGCCUAUUCACUCCCGGGAGUACUCUGCAAAAGAUUGACCUCAGCGGUGUAAGAAGUUCCUCGGCAGGCGUCGUUAACGGAACCGAGACGAUGGAAGUGGAUUGGCAAGCCGGUGAACCAUGGGACCUACAGCAAGUGGAAACACUGACGUGGUCCUCCAACAGCAACCUGUUUUCAGAUAAGUUGCUGGACACUCUAUCUGCCGAAUUACAAAGUGGAUUUGCACAAUUGAAGCAUCUUGACGUGGCCAUCACAGUGCAAGGCAAUGGUAACCAAACCGACAAGAAAAUUGCAGACACAGUUAGUCGCAUUGCUGACUACGCGGCACAUCGAUCAUGUCGUAUCGCCUACUAUAGUCGCGAUGGAAUGACUUCGCACAGCGUGAGCGCAUCUGUGGGGAGGCUUCUGGAGGACGGACUGCGUGAGUGCGAGGUGUUAUCCUUGCGCAUGCCGCAACUUUACCUCUCGCGUAGUGGCAUUUGUGAGUUGUUGAGUGGCGCUUCCGUUCCCAAGAUGAAACGAAUGACUAUCGCCAUUGGCAUCUCUCCACUGGGCCAAGCUGAGCAAAUAAUCGGAUUUCAGCAGAUGCAAGCAAUGAAAGAGCUGACAAUAGAGCUCCAUGCUCCUACCGAAGAACAAAAUAAUGCCUGGUCUGCUGCGUGCGAUGCAGCUCUUGCGCUUGCACGAAAGAUGGAGGCAUCUUGGGUGGCGCUGAGCUCAUCACAAGGCGGAGAAAAGAAACGCUUUGGGGGUGUUAUCGGCAAACUCAAUCGUUCUUUUGUGUUAUCGGAGCAACAGAAGAUGAAUACGCGGGUUUACCGGUGCCGCUUUUUAGUCUCUUCAACGCCAUAG